AUGGAUCCAAUGGCUGAUGAGCAAUUAGACUAUGGAGACGAGGAAUUCGGAGGAGCUCAAAAGCCUCAGUAUCAUGAAGGAGGAGCAAUUCCUGCACUUGCAGAGGAUGAAAUGAUAGGUGAGGAUGAUGAAUUUGAUGAUCUUUACAAUGAUGUAAAUGUUGGAGAGGGCUUCCUGCAGCUGCAGCGGUCAGAGGCACAAGUGCCAUCUGUUGGUGUGGGCAGCGGGGGUCCAGGGGGAUUUCAAGAUCAGAAAACCAUCAUUCCUGAACCUAGAGCAGGAGCUAUGGUAUCACAAGAGGUUGGCAUUCCCAGUGUUGCAACCGAAGGGAAGUACAUAAAUGCAGGGCCCCAAUUCCCUGAGCAGAAGGGAGGGCUUACUGUUUCUAGAGGACCAGAACUGGGAGUUGUUGAUGUGUCACAAAAAGGAAGGGUUCCGGAAAUGACUCAUGGUUCUCAGGCAGGAAAUUUGGGGUUUCAAGGACAGAUGCCUAUUCCCCAAAGAACUGGGGUUGGUUCUGUUGAUGUGCCGGGAAAAGCUGUAAAUGAGUCUGCACCAUUAGUAAAUUCUGGUACAGGUGCCCCAAGAGGUAAUCCGCAAAUGCCAGCUAAUCAAAUGGGUACAAAUGUAGAUGUGAAUGUUAACCGCCCCGCUGUCCAUGAAAGUCAAAUGCGGCCUGCUGCGGAGAAUGGUGUUACCAUGCUUUUUGUGGGGGAACUGCAUUGGUGGACCACUGAUGCAGAGCUUGAGAGUGUGUUAUCUCAAUAUGGUAGGGUCAAGGAGAUCAANUCUCUCGAAUUGUGCGAAUCAUUCGUCUAUUUUAAUCACCACACGGUUCCUGUUGUUGAGUAG